UUAGUUUACAGGAAUACACUUGAAUCUAAAACCGUGGAUAUUUACCGUAUUUCCUUAAAUUGCCGCAGGGCAUAUAGUAUGUGCCUGCCUUGAAUUACUGCCGGGUCAAACUCGCUUUGCAAAAUAAUUAGCGCAUGCUUAGUAUUACCGCCUGGUCAAACUCGUGACGUCACGAGUGACACUUCCCCUGUCAUCAUUUUCAAAAUGGAGGGGGCUGAUUUCAAUACCGGUAAUUUGAAAUCGCGUAAAGGGAAGAAGAUCAAGAGCUAUUCAGUAGGAUUUAAGGUCCAAAGCUUACAUCACACUCACAUUUUUAGUGCAUGCCUUUGGUAAGUGCCGGAGUGAGAAGAGGUUUUAAAAUAAUUAGCGCUAGAUCCAAUCCACUAUGGAUUGGAUUUUCACAAUAUCAUGUUAGAUCCGCUCGACAUCCAUUGUUUUCGGUCCCCUAGGGGGGUUAGGGGGGUUGCCCACAUAUGUGGUCUUCUCCAAGGUUUCUCAUAGUCAUCAUGGUCGACGUCCCACUGGGGUGAGUUUUUCCUUGCCCUUAUGUGGCAAGGAAAAAUCGCAAGUGCCCUUUGAGGCACUUGUGAUUUAUGGCUAUAUAAAUAAACAUUGAUUGAUUGAUAGUGCAUGCUUACUUUUACCGCAUGCCUUUGGUAAGCGCAGGAGUGAGAAGAGGUUUUAAAUUAAUUAGCGCCCCGGCAGCAAUUCAAGGAAAUACGGUAUGUUACGUUAGGCCAGUCCUUGUAAGUGCUUUAAAAUGAAUAUGAAGGUUUGGAUAUUGUACAACAUUGUAUUGACAGACUGUUAUUUUCCUGCCCUCUAAUACACUUGACAUACACAACCACGCCUCACUUUAUUUUUAUAUCCUAUGACUAACACAUAGAGUACGAAAUCAAUUAUAUUAAUAAUAGCCCAUUAUGAAUAUAGGCCAGCUCAUUAUAAAUAUUUAAACGUGUGUCUGUGGCAGCUGUGGUGUGUUCAAAUACACUCGUAUAAUCUUAUGAUGGCACUAUUAAUCAUCAUAGAGUCCAACUACUUUAUUCCUUUAUAUGGCCGAAUAAAUAUAAUGACAAAUAAAGUUGUGUCGCACCUAUUUAUCCCCAUUUUUUGUGAUAAAUUUCAAAAACCCUCCCAAGAUGAUAGGAAUCUACGAUUGUCUUUUCUGUCCCUGAAGGCAGCAUCGCCAUUGCUGGUGUCCCAUUUGUAAGCGAGCUCCAUUGCGUCGAAGCUCUGCCCCCUAACAGUCUCCUCUUGUUUACACCUUAUUAGUGGAAACACCGGACACUCCACGACGGGUGAAAAGCAAAAACAUCGCGACCACCUGUUUAUAUACUGAAGGUGAUGUCGUCAUUGUGGCAGCAGGAGGUGUCGGGUUUUUCGCCCUGCGUGGAGAUCGACUCGAGCUGCGUGAGGAGGAGCAACGACAGGCUCGGCUCGCCGUCCUGGCUCAAGCAGGAGCACGACGACCUGCGUAUCAUCAAGUGGGAGAGCUUCCAAGCGGCGACCUCGGCUGAUGUGGUUCAAGACAACACGCCCAGCAGCGCCAUGUCAGCGUCUUCGCACCUCGAGAGCUUGCCUCCGAAGGUACUGCUGACUAUGACCAGGUUGCAAUGCAUGCUGGAGAGCAAACAAGAGCGCAUCGUGGCCCUGGAGCGCCAGGUGGAAGAUCUGAUGCAGGACCGCAAGUUCCUGCGGAGUCAGAUCGAGAACCUGACCAGAAAUCGUUCCUUUGCGCCACCUGGCCCCGCCGCGGCUGAGGGACUGCACAAAUCAUUACGACUACAACAUCCUCGGAAGAACCCACAAAACAUGUUUAAAGCCAACAAAGGAGCACACCCGGAGGCCAAAUCUCGAAAAAGAGAAAGAGCGUCUUCAAGUUCGUCCGCCGCCGGCGUUUGCGCCUCAGAAGCGUCGGACUCGUCGGUCAUGUCUGCAGCUUCCGGGGAGCACAGAAGAAAGAAGCACCACAAGGACAAGAAGCGGUCCAAGAAAGGCAAAGAUUACUGCAGAAAGAGAGCCACCGGGGUGCAGUACGUCAUCCACCGCUACAAGCAGGUGCUCUCCGCCUUCAUCAAGAAGAAGAGCAUGAGCGAGGCCUUCCGCCACCUCGGCAUCGACCGCAACACCAUCGCCAACACGGCUUCCAUCGCCGAGCUCCACCUGGCCGGCAAGGACAUGGCGCCGCUGGUGGGCACGUUCCGCCCCGGCGAGGAGACGCUGGUCAGCUACGCUCAGAGGUGCACCCUCGCCAUCGACGGCGACGCCGACCUCUCGCGGAAGAUCGACCACAUGAAGUCUAACGGGCAGCUGCUGCCUAUCUCGGGGAAAAGGUCCAGGUUGAUGCAUUCUCACCUCCCGCCACUCGGGGGAGUCACAGACAGCAUUUUGAUAGGUUGAUGCUACUAGUCCUUUUUAAAUUAUUUACAUACCUCAAGUAUUAGUAUUCAAUACCCCCAUAUUUCACUCUUAGUUUAUACUCUGUACAUAGUUAUUUAUUUUUUGUAAUAUUGAAGCAGUGCAGUAUUUGACACAGCCAGCAGGUGGCAGUGCAUACACAACGGGUUGUCCAUCUCUAUACACAACUCUGAUACAAGAUGCUACUGUUUGUCUCUCUGUCUAAGAUGGUGGAUUUUACGUCGUUUCUUUCUUUGUCUGUAUUCCACCUACCUUUCAAUUGCAAACUUUAAGUAAAAUUAUUUAAAAUAUGUUAAA